AUGAGAGUUUCGGACGUCGUCUCCUUGCUAAAGCAAUGCUCUUCCUUCAAACACAUUCGUCAAACUCACGGCGUUUUGAUUCCCAGAGGUCUUCGAAACGACAACCUAAUCCUUGCCCACUUCAUCCAGUCUUGCUCCUCUCUCGGCUACUCCAGCUACGCCUACCUGGUCUUCACCCACCACAACAAACGACACAACAUUUACCUUUUCAACACCAUGAUCAACGUCGUUUCACCUUCAGAGGCCGUCUCUCUUUACAACAAGCUUCUUCUCACCGGUUUACGACCGGACACAUACACGUUCCCUUUCGUUUUGAAGGCCGUGAUUAAGCUCUCCGCAGUUGAAGUUGGUCGACAGAUUCAUUGUCAAGCUUUACGAACUGGGUUGGACUCGGAUGUUAAUGCGGUCACUGCCCUCGUCCGGAUGUACUCGUGUUGUGGGUCCAUUUUGGAUUCCCGGAGGAUGUUUGAUGAAAUGAGCUUCUGGGAUGUUGCGCUUUGGAAUGCCAUGGUGGCGGGUUAUGCCAAAGCGGGCGAUGUCGAUAAUGCUCGGAAGGUGUUUGAACAAAUGCCUGAGCGGAAUUUGAUUUCUUGGACUUCGGUUAUUGCUGGGUAUGCUCAGAUGAAACGGCCAGAAGAGGCUAUUUUACUUUUUAAAAGAAUGCUGCUUGAGAAUGUGGAGCCCGAUGAAGUCGCUAUCUUGGCGCUGCUCUCUGCUUGUGCACAUUUGGGUUCAUUGCGGUUAGGGGAAAGGAUCCAUAACUAUAUCCAAAAACGUGGAUUUUCGAGAAAGCUUCGUCUUAACAAUGCAUUAAUUGACAUGUAUGUGAAAUCGGGAAGCAUAAGAAAGGCCCUAAAUGUUUUCGAAAGUAUGAAAGAAAGAAGCGUUGUAACUUGGACAACCAUGCUUGCUGGGCUAGCACUUCAUGGUCUUGGAAGAGAAGCCAGUGUAAUGUUUUCUCGAAUGGAAAGUGCUGUAGUUAAGCCAAAUGAUAUCACUUUCAUUGCCGUCCUUUCUGCUUGUAGACAUGCGGGGUUGGUUGAAAUGGGACGCUGGUAUUUCAACAACAUGGAUUCUAGAUAUGGGAUUCAACCGAAAAUUGAGCACUAUGGGUGCAUGAUUGAUUUACUAGGGCGGGGUGGUUAUUUGCAAGAGGCAUGGGAACUUGUAAAAGCAAUGCCAUUCAAAGCAAAUGCAGCCAUAUGGGGAUCUCUUCUUGGUGCUUCUAACAUGCAUGGUAAUGCUGAGCUUGGAGAGCGUGCUUUGCAGCAUCUAAUGGUGUUGGAGCCAUAUAAUAGUGGGAAUUAUAUGCUUUUAUCGAAUACUUAUGCUGCCCUUGAUGGCUGGGAUGAAUCCGGGGUGGUAAGGAAGGUCAUGAAGGACAUUGGCAUUAAGAAGAUGCCUGGAGGGAGUUUUAUUGAAGUGAAUAACAGAGUUCAUAAAUUCAUUGCUGGAGAUACAUCGCAUUCGGAGUUUAAUAGGAUAUUUGAAGUUGCAUGUGAGAUUUUUUAUCAGUUGAAGAUGAUUGGGAAUCUUCAGGAAGAAAGAAUUGAGCUUCUUGGGUUUGAUGGCUAGAUGGGAUUUUACAAUAAUUCAGUUCGCAGAGGUUUAUUUUACUGUGCCUCUAAGCCAACUGCAUUUUAGUACCGCAGGGUACAUUUAGGAUAGAACAGUGGAUGUGCAGCCUUUGCUUACCGAGCUGAAUACCCAAUUCUAACCUGCAUUGAGAUGAUUAGUAUUUCUAUAUGUUUACGAAGAUGACAAAGCAAGCAAAAUGAAGAUCAUAUCAUGCUGCGUGGUUUGAGGUCGUGUCACAUUAUUACAUGUGCUACUGAAUUUAUUAUUACAUCUCAGUUGUGACAGGAGCUUCGCUAGAUCAAUAUAGUGGUUCAAGCAUUUAGUAGCAAGGAAAUUCACGGACUCAGCACGAUGAGACGAUGCCCUUCUCC